AUGGAUGAGUUGAAAUCAUGGUUGCAGGAGUACUCAAUUCUAAACCAUCGUCCAUUUCGAGUGAUCAAUUCAUAUAAGGAGACGAGGUACACCGUUGCUUGUGAAGAACAAUUGUGUGAAUGGAGAGUAUGUGCUAGGAAAACAAGGGCAGGCAAAUGGAAGAUUACCUCAGUUAAUCAACCACAUACUUGUGCUAGUGCUGACGCAGAAGACACUCAUUUGCAGCUCAACUCUAGGUUCAUUGCAAGGCAAUUGUGCCCUAUUGUGAAGCAUAUGCCAACCAUAACGGUGUCCGCGUUGGUUGAGACAAUCUUCCAACUAUACAACUACUUCGUGAAGUAUGGAAAAGCAUGGAGAGCAAAGCAGCGUGCAUUGGAAAUAAUAUUUGGUAAUUGGGAAGAAGCAUAUGAGCGCCUACCGGUAAUGUGGAACGCAAUGAAAGCGGCAAAUCUCGGGACGCACUUUGAGUACGUGCCUAAGGAAGGUGAAACAAGGAACGGCCGGGAGGUGUUUGGUAGGGCUUUCUGGGUUUUCGGUCAGAGCAUUGAAGCACUCAAGCAUUGUAGGCCUGUUGUAUCAAUUGAUGGCACAUUUCUUACAGGGAAGUUCGAGGGCACAAUGCUUAUAUGUAUUGGGACAGAUGCCGAAGACCAGCUUAUGUCGUUAGCCUUUGCCAUUGUUCGGAAGGAGGACACCGAUAGUUGGUGCUGGUUCCUUAGAUUCGUUAGACAAGUUGUAAUCGGCCCUGGACGUGAUGUUUGUGUGAUAUCCGACAGACAUGCUGGGAUUCUGAAUGCUGUAGAGGAGGUGCUCCACUGUUUGAGACCCAUGACCCACGAGGCUGCUACAAACAUGGUGUACGAUGAGAGGUAG